CUAAAGGACAAAAUAAACCAAAUAGACAACUGGGAAAACCCCAUCAUACUUGGUGAUUUCAACUUUGUAGAAUGCCCAAUAGACAGGCUGCCAGUGCAUGUGGAUGUUGCAACCACAAUAAACACUUUUAGUAAAAUAAAGGAAACACUACACCUUGUAGAUGGGUGGAGAACCCAAAACCCACAAGAUUGGAUGUAUACCUACAAAAACAAAAACCUACAGCUCUAG